GUUCACUCAGUCGAAUUUCAUUGAGGGAGCACGCUGCAAGCUGCAAGCUGCACGGAGUGAGAGACCAUGACUGAGGAAAAAGCCAGGGAACCAAGUGCUGCAGGAGUAGGUCCAGAUGAGGGGCCACGUGAAGAGCAGCUUCCUCCGAGGGGGAAGUGGGCCAACAGCAAGGAGUAUCUACUCUCCAUGACUGGUGGAAUCAUUGGCGUUGGGAACUUGUGGCUAUUUCCUUUUGCGUGCUACCAACAUGGAGGAGCUGCUUUUCUCAUCCCUUACUUUCUGUGCCUCCUAUUCAUCGGCGGCCCUCUCUUCCUACUGGAGACGGCGUUGGGCCAGUACACCAACGAGGGUGCAGUCACAGCCUGGAGGAAGAUAUGUCCCAUGUUCGAGGGGAUUGGGAUAGCGUCCCAAGUGAUUGUGUUCUAUAUGAACAGCUACUUCAUCGUUAUAUUGGCCUGGAACAUCUUCUACCUGAUUCACUCCUUCAAAAGCCCCCUGCCCUGGUCUACUUGUGACAACGAGUGGAACUCUGAGUUAUGUCACAGUCCGGUCAACGUGAUCGCAAACACCCACCUGUUUUCCACCAACACCAGCUGGUCGUUCCUAAACAACCUCACCUUGCCUGAUGACUAUGACUUCAAUCUAACUGACGGAUCAGAGUCGGAGAACACACCGGUGGAGGAGUUCUGGAGGAAUCGUGUGUUAAGAAUGUCUGACGAGCUCUUGGGUAAGGUGCACUGGGACCUGGCUCUGUGUCUCCUGCUGGCCUGGGUCAUAUGUUACUUCUGCACAUGGAAGGGAAUCAAAUCCAUUGGAAAGGUAGUCUACUUCACAGCUACAGUCCCCUACCUGCUGCUGCUCAUCCUCUUCUUCCGUGCAGUGACGCUCCCAGGAGCCUCACAGGGCCUGCUCUACUACCUCUAUCCAGAAUUUGGAAGACUCGCCAAUCCAUUUGCAUGGGAGGCUGCAGUGAUGUGUGUGUUGUACACCUACGCCACGUGUCAAGGGGUGCUGACCACUCUGGGAAGCUACAACCAGUACAACCGCAACUGCUACAGGGAUUGCAUGGCACUGUGCUGCCUGAACUGUGCGACUGGCAUCUUUGCGGGUUUCAUCGUGUUCUCAGUGUUUGGAUUCCUGGCUCACGUGCAGGGAGUGGAUAUAAAUGAUGUUGCCACUUUUGGUCCUGAUUUGAUCUUCAAAGGCUUUCCUUUGGCCCUGUCGUUGCUGCCUGGCUCAACUUUCUGGACCGUGCUCUUCUUCCUCAUGGUCUUCCUCCUGGCCGUCGACUCUCAAUUUAUGUUUACGGAGAGUCUAGCCACAGCCAUCACAGACAUGUUCCCACGUCACCUGAGGAGGCCUGGAGCGAGGGAGGUCCUGGUCCUGAUCAUUGCUGUUGUUUGCUUCCUACUGGGGCUGACGUUCAUCACUGAGGGAGGGAUAGUCCCCUUUCGUAUUGUUGACGAUUAUGGAGCCAAUGGGAGCAUUCUCCUCUCCAUUUCCUUAUUGGAGACCGUCAUCAUCGGCUGGGUGUACGGAGCGGACCGUUUCUACGACAACAUUGAGGACAUGAUCGGGUAUCGACCGAACCCCGUGAUCAAGUACUGCUGGAUGUUCAUCACACCGUUCAUCUCUGUGCUCUUGCUGCUGUUUAGACCGUUAACUCAAUCCUUUUACUUGGAGCACGGCUCCAGACUUCAACCUUGGGACUCCAUAGUCGGCUUUUUACUUUUCGUCACUCCGCUGAUGUGCAUCCCAGUGUUCAUUUUUGUGGCGCUCUGGAGGAACCCCAAUAACAUGACCUCUCCGUCCAGCGACCUGCGUCAGGCGCGGCCCCACAAGCCUGUUCUCACGCUGUGUAAACGCGUCAUCUUCAAGUCACAGGGGCCGCCCGUCGGGACCACGGACGAGAGACACGAGAAGAUAAUGAUGGAGGAGCCCAGCGGGGUGUGAUGGUUGUUGAUGGCGCUUGUAGACCCGCAGGAAGUGAUUGUGCAUAUAGGUGGUUUUGAUGACUUUUACCAGUAUGUGACAGGCAAACGACACAUUCAUCAUUUGUAAAAGACGGGUACAUUAAAGUGUAAAAAAGUAUCUAAAUGUAUAUAUUACUCCACGUAUAAUCAAACACACUGUAUUCAUACUUACCCCUUUAAUAACUGUUUUUCUGACGGUACUUGAUGACGAUGACUUGAAUGUUUCACACGUGAACAACGCAGCCGGAGAUUCGCCGCUCAGAAGCGUGAGGGGGCGGAGCAGCAGGAAGAGGCGGGGCGUGACAUUAAUCCUGCUUUUUCUUUUUCCUGGCAUCUGCAUUGUGUGAAAUCAACCCACUCAUUCACUAACCCCUCCUCCCUGCAUAGGGACGUCUAUGUAGAGGACUUUAUAUCGUGAGUUCCUCGGUGAAAGAAAGAAGCUGAAAACUCUUUUUUUUAAAAUACCAAAUUUAUUGAUUAUGGUGUAAUAAAAAUCUUCUGCUGGUGGGAUGACCCGUGAUAACUGUAAAGUCUAUUGAAAAUGUCGCUAUACAUUUGGACGGCAUCACAAUAUUGUAAACUCACUAUAGUGUGGACUGCAUCACUCCUCUCUAACUCCACCCUCCCAGAUCGGUUCAUUUUCUAAACCUUCAGCUCCACCUCCUUUAAAUCACUUAUUACCUCAUGUAUCAGACACAUUAGUUAUUGCAACAUUUUACUUGUAAUUUUAAUGUGUUUAAAAAAAAUCUGCAGGUUUGUUGGGGUCCGGGUGUCAGAAUUAAAGUAAUGUGAGGGAUGGAGUGAACACAAUUUUCCAGUAACUUUUGAAUUCUCUUUUGUACGUGGGCAAAAACUUAUUUUUUGAUACUUUGUGAAUUUGCAUAAAAUCUUCACUUCAGUGUCUGUGUGUGCAGAUGGUGAUGAACUCUAUGCAUCUCAUUAAAUCUCUGUUGG